UUCAUUCGCGUGUCCGCGCGCGCAACGCAUUCACGUAUUGACGUGAACGGUAUUGUGUUUGUGAAAAAGUUCGUAAUAUUAAAAAAAUGGCACCAACUUCUAACUCUGUUAUGGGCAUUGAUGAUGACCAGCGCUUCGCUUUAAUGAAGUUUCGUCGAAGCGUGAAAGAUGUCCUGAAACCUGAACACAAUGACCACUUCCUGUUAAGAUGGCUUAGAGCGAGACAAUGGGACCCUGAAGCAGCGGAGAAAAUGCUAAGAGACUCAAUGAAAUGGCGGGAAAAGUGGGGCAUAGACACAACACUAAACUCGUGGCAGGCACCAGAGGUUUUGGUAAAACAUUUCCCCAGCGGCAGCACGGGUUUCGAUAAGGAAGGAUCUCCAAUUAUAAUCGUGCCCUUCGUCGGUUUGGACGCGUGGGGAAUGUUACAUUCUGUAACGAGGACAGAUCUUAUAAGGAUGAUUCUACGACAUUUGGAACAUUAUUUGGCUCUCGGUAGAAAACAGGCUUUGACACAUGGCCCUGCUGCCUUGAAGGUGACAGUAAUAUUCGAUCUCGAAGGCUUCAACAUCAGACAGUACGCAUGGAAACCAGCCGCUGAAAUGGUGUUCACUCUACUGCAGAUCUAUGAAGCCAACUACCCUGAGAUAUUAAAGGCGUGCUUCUUAAUUAAUGCGCCAAAAGUAUUUUCCCUCGCAUUUUCCGUUGUCAAGAAGUUUAUGCACGAGUACACAAUAUCGAAAAUUCGGAUAUUCGGCACAGACCCUAAAAAGUACCAACCACAGAUACUCGCGCUCAUAGACAAGGAGGUCCUUCCCGUGCACUAUGGCGGCUCUAUGGUUGACGAAAAUGGCGACCCUAAAUGUAGUUCUUUGAUUAAACCAGGUGGGAAAGUGCCUAAAUCAUAUUAUUCCCGUAACAUCCAAGAAGAAGACUCGGAACAUUACACACGAGUAACAGUAAAGACUGGAGAGAAACACGUCGUUGAUUUACUAUGUCCCGAUAGCGAGAGUGUACUCAAAUGGGACGUAGGUGUCGAAAACCACGAUAUAAAGUUCCUAAUAAAGAAGCGUGAUGCAGAAGGCAAUGAGAGUGUUGUCCACGGGCCGAGGAAACUCUCUGAAGGACCUGCUGAUGUUGGUGUUAUGCCUGUUACAGGACCCGCUACUUAUUCAGUAGUAUUCGACAACAAAAGCUCUUACCUACGCAGUAAGAAGGUAUAUUACGAUGUUCUAAUUUCAAUUCCGUCCAGAGAUCUCAACAUGACAGACGUGCCUGAAGACGAAUUGGCGGAUUUAAAAAUUGCCGCCUCGAGUUCUGAUGAAUAA